AUGUCACUGAUUUUCGAUCAAAAGUUCAAGCUUGAAAAAAGUGAAAAUUUUGACGAAUUCUGUAAAGCUCUGGGCGUCAUAGAGGUGAUGCGCACGUUGGGAAAAGUUAUGUCCCCGGUGGUGGAAUUGACCAAAAACCAGGACGGUAAAUACGUAUUGACGUGCAACACGAUGAUCAGAGAUACGUCGAUCGAGUUCAACCUUAACGAAGAAUUCGUUGAAGAAACAUUAGACGCCCAUAAAGUGAGGUCGAUCAUCACACAAGAAGGCAACAAGCUGGUGCACAUCCAAAAAGGUUCUAGCAACAGGAAAGAGACAACGAUAAUCAGAGAAUUCGAACCCGAUUUACUGACAAUGACAUUGACCGCCGAUGGAGUCACUUGCACAAGGAUUUACAAAGCAGUCAAAUAA